GUGGAUGGAAAAGGAAGCAGCUGGUGAUGCUGGAACAAACAUGGCCGUCCCGGUACCCCUCGGCGGCUCGGGCUCCUUCUGCCGACGGCUGCUACGACUGCUGACGUUGUUGGAGCUGCUGGUCGACCCCGUCUUGGGCCGCGUCCAUCACCUGGCGCUCAAAGAUGAUGUGCGGCAUAAAGUCCAUCUCAACACCUUCGGGUUCUUCAAGGACGGGUACAUGGUGGUCAACGUCAGCAGUCUCUCUGUGAAGGAGCCUGAGGGAGCCACAGACCAGGAUGCUGAGAUUGGAUUCAGUCUUGAUCGGACCAAGAACGAUGGCUUUUCUUCUUACCUGGAUGAAGAUGUGAAUUACUGUAUUUUAAAAAAAAAGUCCAUGUCUUCUGUGUCUCUUCUCAUCUUAGACAUCCCUGGAAGUGCAGUCAAGGUCAGAUCCCCACCAGAAGCUGGGAAGCAGUUACCAGAGAUUGUCUUCAGCAAGGAUGAGAAAGUCCCGAGUCGGAGCCCAGAGCCUGCUGUCAGCUCCAACCCCAAACGCAGUGAGGCUCAGAGAACCUUCGAUGGUCCCAAGGCUAGUGGAAGUACAGUGGACUCCAAGGCUAUCGCAGAGCGAUCCUUCUCAAUUCGCAAGAAUGACGGGGCAGUCUCAUUUCAGUUCUUCUUUAACAUCAGCACCAGUGACCAGGAAGGCCUCUACAGCCUUUACUUCCACAAGUGCCCAGGCAGCAAGUUGAAGUCUGGUGAACAGGUCUCAUUCAGCCUAAAUAUCGAUAUCACAGAGAAGAACCCUGACAGCUACCUCUCUGCCGGGGAGAUUCCUCUCCCCAAGUUAUAUGUUUCCAUGGCCUUGUUCUUCUUUCUGUCUGGGACCAUUUGGAUUCACAUCCUUCGUAAGAGAAGGAAUGAUGUAUUUAAAAUUCACUGGUUGAUGGCGGCCCUUCCUUUCACCAAGUCUCUCUCCUUGGUGUUCCAUGCAAUCGACUACCACUACAUCUCCUCACAAGGCUUUCCGAUUGAAGGCUGGGCUGUUGUAUACUAUAUAACUCACCUGCUAAAGGGCGCACUCCUGUUCAUCACCAUUGCUCUCAUCGGCACUGGCUGGGCCUUCAUCAAACACAUUCUGUCUGAUAAAGACAAGAAGAUCUUCAUGAUUGUCAUCCCCCUCCAGGUCCUGGCGAAUGUGGCCUACAUCAUCAUAGAGUCCACUGAAGAGGGCACGACUGAGUAUGGCCUGUGGAAGGACUCUCUGUUCCUGGUUGACUUGCUGUGCUGUGGCGCCAUCCUCUUCCCAGUGGUGUGGUCAAUCAGGCAUUUACAAGAAGCCUCCGCCACAGAUGGAAAAGCUGCCAUUAACUUAGCAAAGCUGAAGCUUUUCAGACAUUACUACGUCUUGAUCGUAUGCUACAUCUACUUCACUAGGAUCAUCGCCUUUCUUCUCAAGUUUGCUGUUCCAUUCCAGUGGAAGUGGCUCUACCAGCUGCUGGAUGAAACAGCCACACUGGUGUUCUUUGUCCUGACGGGGUAUAAAUUUCGCCCAGCUUCAGACAACCCCUAUCUGCAGCUCUCUCAAGAAGAAGAUGACCUGGAGAUGGAGUCCGUAGUGACGACGUCUGGAGUGAUGGAAAAUAUGAAGAAGGUGAAGAAAGUGAGCAAUGGUGCUGUGGAGUCCCAGAGCAGCUGGGAAGGCACCGCGUGACAGCACGGGCUGAAUGAAACUAGCUUAUUCAUAGCCUAUCUGUGAGCAAGCGCGUUCCUGACAGAAUGACGGCAUCUCCCAACAGUGACACCCUGGCGCUCAGCGCUCACGGCUGAGCCAAGUGCCAUGGACACAUACUUUUGUACUCUUAGGGAUCUGGAUUGCGGUGGGCUGCAGGCAGCUAGGACUGCCCUCAGUGAGGGCGGGGAGGCUUAGAGGAGUAAAGGACUGUCAUCUGACUUACCUUGCUAACUGGGAGCCUGGGUCCGUGCAGGGGAGCCCAGUGGCUGCUACUCAGGAAGGCUGUGGGGUGGGGGAGCGGGUUUGCUGCUGGUCACAGUGCUUUGGAGGCUGGUGAGGGUGGGGCUCACUGCUUAGCCUAGCAUUUAUGAGGUUUUGGGUUCAAUUCCUAGUACCAGGGUGGGGGGGGAGAAGAUGUUACUUCGGGAACUAGACAGAUAUCUACCAAGGACAUAAGAGAAAGAGAUUGUCAGCCUUUGGGAACAAGAGCAACAGAAACGAAUGAAAUUCUUUUAGAUAGCCAAAUAGACACCGUAGGUGGCCCUGGCCAGGGCCACUGGUCUCCACGCACCACUCUAAAUGUCCCCGCCCCAAAUGACCUACAGCAGUGGUGCUAGAGGCCAGCUGGGAGGACCCAGUUUGUGGCUGGCUGAAGGGGAGAAGAGCCUUGGAGCUCCAGAAGUGUGCUCCAGCUGGUUCUCCUGACUCUGUCCCCUGCCUGGCUUCCUCUCCUUCCACCUGUGUCUUCUUAUCUGAAGCUGAGAAAACAACUUUCCUGAAGGAGCAGCUGAGGACAGAGAGGGUAGUGUCUAAACGAACACUUAGGGAAACAUCCUUCCACAGCUCGCAUGGGCCAGGCAGGACCUCUGAGCCUCAACUACAUAGUCCAAACAUUGUGAAGAGAAUGAGUGUGUUUGAGCCAGUCAUGCUCAGAGACCGGAGACAGCCAGAUGUGCUCAGAGCUUGGGCAGGAAUACCAGCGGCUGCCUGCAGAGGCGUUUGACUAGGUCACAGGACACUAGCUCGGAACCUCAGAGCUGCUUAGUGCCCAGGACUUGUAGGAGCGGGCACCUCCUAGAGUGAGUUACUCUAUCUCCCAGUGCUGAAGACAGUGUGUCUGUCUCCACACCCCUACCCUAAGUCCAUGUCCUAAACCACCAGUGAGAAGCUGCUGCUGCUGCCACCCUAGCGGUCCAUCCCUACCACAGCUGAUCCAUCUUGAGAAAGGUAGACAGGCCUGAAAGAUCCAUUUAAGGGACCUUUUCCUCCUAGUUUGUUGGUUUUGUUUUGUUUAGACUUGUUUAAAGUAUGUGGUGGGAAGGGAGUUGUCGAGGAGACGGCUGGUAGUGCUUUGUUUUCAGCACUGCACAAGUGUGUUCCUGUGGUGACAUCUAAGCCACAGCCUGCCCCUCAGAGUGCAGUGUCUUCUUGGUAGGGGCCUCAUUUCACUAGCUGAGGCAGCUCAGUGAAGGAGGACCAGAGGGAAGCAUGUACCACCCAGCCCACAGAGCUCUCUGGGUGCAUAGCUGAGUGGCUAUGGGGAUAGCCUGCUCCUUCCAGAGCAUGGUUGCACAGGUGGGGAGGUGUGCUACUGCAGCAUCCCUCCCAAGUCCUGCCCUGUAACUUCUUUAGGUAGGGAACCAGGCAUGGUGGGGGAAUCAGAAGCCUAACAUGGAUCUGGGAAGACUGGCCUGGUGCCCAGGCUGUGGAUAGGAAAACUUCCAGCCCUUCAUGCUGCACUGUAAGUGUAUCUCAUCUCCAUCACCUGAGAGCUGUGAGCCAGCAUUCCAUGGUGUCCUUGGGUAGAGGAGUCUGAUUGGAGUCCAGCCGCCCCAGCUCAUGAGCUGCCCUCUGCAGCCUUGAGUCUUAGCCCACCUGGCUCCACACAACCGUGUUUGAAUGGUAAAGCCCUUGUGUUGGAGGGACUGAGCAAAAAUGAGGUGUGCAUUGCACUGCCACUGUGGUAUUAAUAGCUCUGCUCUGUGUCUCCACCCCCUUCUGCCUGCGUGAGGUAUCCAUACUUUUUUUGAGAGUGCUGUGGACUGGAAGCUGUGGGCUGUGACAUUUAAUAAAGUGUGGAUUUUGCUAGAUAAUUAUUUCUUGGACAACAGGAGCAAGUGUUCAGCUCUGAAUUCUGGCUCUAAGAGGACUCAGCCUCUCAUGUUUGAAUUGCAGAGCAUAGUUCAAUGUUGAGCCUGACUGGGCUUCAGGGUCAAGGAUCCUGUCUCACAUCAGGCCUGAGUCUUCUGUUCUCCUUCAAAAACCACUUCAGAGUAAAAUACAUAAAUGUCUCCACUCUCCAGCCCCAGCCUGCACAGCCAGCCAGGGCCACCCAGCUCCUGAUGUGCUCGCAGGAUUUCUGCUCCUUUUGGUCCUUCGGUCCUCCUCUCACUCCUCUUCCUUUCUUCCCUCGCUCCCCACACUCCCUCCUGCUUUGCCACUGACUCCCUUGGCCUCUCUGGCACACUCAGCCGCAGGCUGGUGCACUGCAGCAUUGUCUGCCUGCAGCUGCGUGCAGAAUGUAUCUUCUAAACUCAGGAGCAUUUUAUCAAGAGAGUGCAAACUAUGCAAACUAAUGCUGUGUAUUGUUGCUUUGCACCACAUGGUGAUCUCCGAACACCACAAUGCCUGUCUGGCUCUUGGAGUGGAGUCUAAAGCCAGUCUUUGCAGAAGGGGAAGCCCAUCAAUGAUCCCGGUGUUCAUUUUCAGUGGCCUCUGGUCACCUCCCACAUCCUAAAUGGUGUUCCUCAAGGAAACAUUAGUCUGAUGAGGUUGCUGGCCCAGUUCCACACACCCAGAAGGACAACCUCGUUCUGCCAAGCUGCUGAUCCUCAAAAAGGAAGAUUCCAGCCCACCCCCAGCCUUGCUUCCAUACUCCAUCACCCACCUGAGUUCACAUGCUGACCUCCCCGGGCCUCAGCAUAUCACCACGUAUUCCUCAGGGGCCUGCCCUGCCCACUGCUGCUGCCUUUCCUCUCUAGGGCUCCAUGAGGACUUUAUUCACUCUCUGGGCUAUUUAGAGCAGGCCAGUGUUCUCGAAGAUCUGCCUUUUACUCCUCCUUUCCUGAGGCUGCUCCGGCAAGAUUCUGUUAAAAAACAUUCAUAGGAGUCCUACUCAUACCUGUACCACCUAGAAUGUGCUCACGGAUCACAGGCCAGGGAGCCUCCCAGGUCCUCUGGGCCUUGUCUGUCCUGUUGAGGUGUGUCUGUUUCAUGCUUUAAAAGCAUCAUAGGUUUAGGUGACCCUCUGCCUGGCCAGGGACCAGCUGUCUGCUUCCCCACGCUAUAAAGAGACCACACUGAGGGACAGAACAAGCUUGGGAGCAGAUGUGGUCAUGACUAGCAUGUCAGGACAUAGUAUGAUUUUGACCACAGGGAGACUUUAUACUGGCCAGUGGGGAAGGCACACAGGUUCCUGGUGUGUUCAUAAAGAGCAAAGUGAGACAGACUCACUUCUGAGACAGGAUGCUCAUUUGGAGUUGAGGUACAAUAGAUGAGGGGCUGAAAGGGCCAGCCUUCUUAGCAUCCAAGCACUAUAUCCUGCUGAAGGGGCUGGAAAGCCUUCCACAUAAAGGAACCCUUCAAUCCCUAAAAGCUUCUCUAGAUGACCCAAAUAAUUGUCCAACUAAACCCAGAGAUUUCACCUGCAGGAGGUCUUCUGGGCCUGUAUGCCUUACUCAGGUUGGGGUGCAGGGACUAGGGACCACUUAGUAAUUUUUAACAUUAACCACUGAAAUAUUUACAAGCUUGGGAUGUGGAUGUGCUCAGGAUUGGUAGGCUGGCCACUGUAUGGAGGCAUUUCACUGCAAAGCAAUGAAAUAAAUGAAAUAUGCCCAA